UUGUUGGUUAGUUUUCUGCGCAAAGUCAAAUUGCGAUGUUGACUUGAUUUCUUCGAGAUUAUUUAAUGUUAUUGUUUCAUCUUGAGUUCAAUUUAAUAAAAAGGCAACGAAAUUGUUGAUUUUUCAUUUAGAAUCGCAAUUAACAAUUAAGGUUGUUCGUGAUAAAUCAAUGGUCAUAAUCGUCAAUUAUGAUUGUGUAAUUUUCUCACUGUAGUGAUUUUUGAUUAGAGACACGAUUUAAGUUGCUUUUCUACAUAAUUGUUUUUGGAUCAAAGUUGUGAUUGUAUUAUCCUGAUCAGCUGUUUACUCUGUUUUCAUUGUUUACCAUUAAUUUUGUGAUAAUUAAUUACUAGCUAUUAAUAAUCAACUCGAGUUCCAAUUGUUAAGUUAUGGUAUUUAUCGGACAAGAUUGGCGUUCACCUGGAGAGCAAUGGGUUAAAACUGAUAAAGGUUCAUGGGAACGACUUAAAUUGUUGGAAUCAAAUCGAUUAUUUGCCCAAGAGCGAUUCUGUGAUCAAAGUGGAUUUCACAGCUCUAGUGAAUCAUCUGGAGAUUCUGAUUCAGAAAAUGAAAGCAAUGGAAGCUCAGAUGGAAGUAGAAUGGACCUUGAAUCUUGCCUUUCAUCUUCACCAAACAAUUCAUCAGAAAAUUCAUAUUCAUCAAGUCAACAAUCUCGAGAUGAUCCGUUAAUCAAUUGGCGACCACCUCAUUGUCACAUUACUCUUAAAUCGACCAAAGAAGUUGCAGGUUUCAAUACGAUUUCAGAAGCUUUUUACCGAUUGGAUUUUUGUAACGCAAUCAGAGACAUUCGUCGAUUUAAUUAUAUUUGUAAAUUGCUUCAUUUACUAAUCACUCAAAAUUUAACUUCGUUAAGCGGAGCAGCGACCAAAGUACUUUUCAAUUUACUUGAAAAAGUUGCCUGGCAAGUGGCAUCUAAUCAACAAAACAUUCAUGUUCUUCACACUUUGCUUCAUGACCUGAAGAAAAUAAUGAAAAGAUACUAUUGCUGGGGAAGACCAUUGGGCAGUACACUCCUUUGGGAACAACAUCUACAGACCAUCGAGAAAAUUUGUGAGAUGGCAAACACAAUUGAGAUUAAAGAGCCAGUUGAUGAUGGAAGUAAAAGAUUAACUGAUUUACCCGAAGAGUUAAUUCGUGAGAUUUUACUUCGUCUUAGUGAUUACAAAGACCUUGUUAAUUCUGGUGAAGCCUAUGAUCUGAUGAAUUGUCUUCUCGACGAACAACAUAUUUGGAGACAACUUUGCAAAUAUCAUUUCCCUCGUCAACAAGUUCGUCAACUAUCGAUGACUAAUGUCAGUGCCGAUGGUAAAGUUAAUUGGGAACAUAUAUUCCACAUUCUUAGAAAAAAAUUUGGAUUAAAGGAAGAAUAUGCUGACUGUCUAUUCCUGUGUCGUCAUUGCCGCUCACUUUUCUGGAAGUCUUUUGGUCAUCCAUGUGUUAUCACUCAAGGAUCUGUGAAUGAAAUGGACAAGGAUAAUCCAGAUGAAUCUGGAGAAUCGGAGAUUAGUGAAAAAUACUUUAUGGUUCCUCAACAUAUUCCUGUUCCUCCUCAAUCAUUUCUUAAAUUUUUCUCACUUUAAAUAAACCGAUUAACUGAUUAUUACAACUGAUCGAUUACUCAAGCAAGCGACUCAAUGGAACUGAAAUUACACCAAGAAAAUGACAUUUGUUUAUUGGAAACGAUCAAAUUGAUUACUGUCUCUCUCGAUUAUAAUAAUUAUAUUGCUUGUAAAUUAUAUCUCCAAAUAUAUUAAACUGUUUCAUUAACUUCUUUUAA